GCUGGUGAGGAUUUCCAGACAAGGGGGGGAUCCCGGCGGCUCUUUUAACGCCCUCACUAAAUGUCGGAGUGCAGAGUACAUGCAUGGCGAAAACGUACGAUUAUCUGUUCAAACUACUGCUCAUCGGAGACAGCGGGGUCGGCAAGACAUGUCUGCUGUUCAGAUUCAGCGAGGACUCCUUCAACACCACCUUCAUCUCAACAAUAGGUAUAGACUUCAAAAUCAGAACAAUAGAGAUGAAUGGGAAGAGAGUGAAACUUCAGAUUUGGGACACAGCGGGCCAGGAGAGGUUUCGCACCAUCACCACGGCGUAUUACAGAGGAGCUAUGGGCAUUAUGUUGGUUUAUGAUAUCUGCAACGAGAAGUCAUUCGAAAACAUAAAGAACUGGAUCAGAAAUAUCGAAGAGCAUGCAUCGUCUGAUGUUGAGAAGAUGAUUUUGGGUAACAAAUGUGACAUGAGCGACAGGAGACAGGUGUCCAAAGACAGAGGCGAAAAACUGGCCAUCGAUUAUGGGGUUAAGUUUCUGGAGACCAGUGCAAAGACCAGUGUAAAUGUGGAAGAGGCAUUUUAUACUAUGGGCAGAGACAUAUUGCACAAUCUGAGCACAAAGACAACUGACAACAAUCCAACAGGAGUUGGCGGACCUGUCAAAAUCACAGAAAAAAAGUCAAAGAGAAUCAAAUUCUUCAAGUGCUCGCUCCUCUAGACCGCUCAUCUACAAGUGUUCGCUGCUCUGGAGUGAUUUCACUGUUUUUGAGGGUCCUUCCUCGUGGGCAUCCUCGCAGCAGCAGCAGCAGUGGUCAUAUUCAGAGGGCCCGACUGCUAGCUUAAACUCACAGGAGGUUUUGAGAUCGAGUCAUGAUGUCGAACGAGGGCACAUCUAUAAGAAAUGAGGCUGAAUAUUGCUGCUCAGUCAAAAAAAACUUGUGAAUGGUCAUCAGUAAUGGCUCAUGUCCAGCCCUGCUCAGUGUCUGCAGGAGGUGGUGACCCUGUUGGUAUCGAUACCCCUCCACAUGCUGGAGGGAUCUCACUGAGAUCUGUCCCAGGCACCUGCAGUUGUCUCAUCAAUGGAAAACACUGAGAUUUUUUCAUGCAGUAUACUUUCACACAUUGCAUUUUGUAUAAUAUACUAUCAGAAUGUUAGUCAGGCUGUGGAUCAGAUGUCGAGAUAGUGUAAGCAUUCAGUGUACAUGUCUGUGUAAAUUCAUGUAUCUUAAUAGGCUGCUCAGUUUCCAAUUGCACUGGCAGCAUGUUUCUGUGCAAUUGUUCAUGCGUGCCACAUGGAGAAAGUAACAGUAUUAUGAUGGAAUAGACAAAAAGUCAUUUAAAGUAAGCCUACUGUAGUUUCUUAUUUUAUUUAUUUAUUUGACUGAAACUUUAUUUACACAGAUUAGUGUGUCAAUGUGAAACUGAAGGUGGUUGUGUGGCUCCUGGAAGGAGCUUGAAUGAAUACCUAUUGUUAUGCACUUGUAGGUAUUCGCAUGAAGCCGUAAGGGCACUACUUAGUAGUUUGUGAUUAAGUACAUUUACACAAGAUAAAAUACUGUAUAUUUACAGACAUUAUUUCAAAGUAUUUUAUCAAACAUCAUAUACAUCCAACAAGUCCCCUUUACAUCUCUAACAUAAUAAUGCAAUGACUUGGCAAAGCUGUAAUGUGAAUGGUUGUGUUUGUAUGAUAUGUUACACCACUGAAAAUGUUACAGUAAAGACAGAAAAUAAAAUGGAUCCUCAGAGGA